CGGCAGCGGCGGCGGGGCCCGGGGCCGGCGGCGGCGAGGGGGGCGAAGAUGGCGGACGUGCUCAGCGUCCUGCGACAGUACAACAUCCAGAAGAAGGAGAUUGUGGUGAAAGGGGACGAAGUGAUCUUCGGCGAGUUUUCCUGGCCCAAGAACGUGAAGACCAACUAUGUGGUUUGGGGGACUGGGAAGGAAGGCCAACCUAGAGAGUACUACACAUUGGAUUCGAUCUUAUUUCUACUUAAUAAUGUGCACCUAUCUCAUCCUGUCUAUGUCCGACGUGCAGCUACCGAAAAUAUUCCAGUGGUUAGAAGACCUGACCGAAAAGAUCUACUUGGAUAUCUCAAUGGUGAAGCAUCAACAUCGGCCAGUAUAGACAGAAGUGCCCCUCUAGAAAUAGGUCUGCAGAGAUCUACUCAAGUCAAACGAGCUGCAGAUGAAGUUUUGGCAGAAGCAAAAAAACCACGAAUUGAGGAUGAAGAGUGUGUACGCCUUGAUAAAGAGAGAUUGGCUGCUCGUUUGGAGGGUCACAAAGAAGGGAUUGUACAGACUGAACAAAUCAGGUCUUUGUCUGAAGCUAUGUCAGUGGAAAAAAUUGCCGCAAUCAAAGCCAAAAUUAUGGCUAAGAAAAGAUCUACCAUUAAGACUGACUUAGAUGAUGAUAUAACUGCCUUAAAACAGAGGAGUUUUGUGGAUGCUGAAGUAGAUGUGACCCGAGAUAUUGUCAGCAGAGAAAGAGUGUGGCGGACGCGAACAACUAUUUUACAGAGCACAGGGAAGAAUUUUUCCAAGAAUAUUUUUGCAAUUCUUCAGUCAGUAAAGGCCAGAGAAGAAGGGCGUGCACCCGAACAGCGACCGGCCCCAAAUGCAGCGCCUGUUGAUCCCACAUUGCGUACCAAACAGCCUAUCCCGGCUGCUUACAACAGAUAUGACCAGGAAAGAUUCAAAGGAAAAGAAGAAACGGAAGGUUUCAAAAUUGACACUAUGGGCACCUACCAUGGGAUGACUCUCAAGUCUGUGACGGAAGGUGCAUCAGCCCGGAAGACGCAGACUCCUGCAGCACAACCUGUACCAAGGCCAGUUUCUCAAGCCAGACCUCCCCCAAAUCAGAAGAAAGGAUCUCGAACACCCAUUAUCAUAAUUCCUGCAGCUACCACCUCUUUAAUAACCAUGCUUAAUGCAAAGGACCUUCUCCAGGACCUGAAAUUUGUUCCAUCAGAUGAAAAGAAGAAGCAAGGCUGCCAACGAGAAAAUGAAACUCUAAUUCAGAGAAGAAAAGACCAGAUGCAACCCGGGGGCACUGCCAUUAGUGUCACAGUUCCUUACAGAGUAGUCGACCAACCCCUUAAACUCAUGCCUCAGGACUGGGACCGGGUUGUAGCAGUUUUUGUGCAGGGUCCUGCGUGGCAGUUCAAAGGUUGGCCGUGGCUUUUGCCUGAUGGAUCACCAGUUGACAUAUUUGCUAAAAUUAAAGCCUUCCAUCUCAAAUAUGAUGAAGUUCGUCUGGACCCAAACGUUCAGAAAUGGGAUGUAACAGUAUUAGAACUCAGCUAUCACAAACGUCAUCUGGACAGACCAGUUUUCUUACGAUUCUGGGAAACAUUGGAUAGGUACAUGGUAAAGCACAAAUCUCACUUGAGAUUCUGAGUUACUUGUUUUCUUGCUUUUCUGGAAAUCUGAAUUAAGACGAUAACACCGUGGAUACACCAUGCUCUAAAGACUGGGACUGAAGCUUUAUGAAUUUAUCAAGAACUUAAAAAUGAAGAAGGUCACGGAUCGAUCUUUUAUAAAACCUUAUUUGAUGAUUUAUGCUUCAAAGGGAUGAUGCCUGUCAUCCAUAUAAGCAAACUUUUUGGCUUACAACUAUUUUUUUAAUAUUAGUCUUCUAGUCUGUAAUGGAAAUUGUAUAUUUUGAUAGAAGUUUUUUCUCCAUUGGUUACAUUAGCAUCACUUAAAAUUUGUUUCUCUAGAAAAUAAAUACAGGUUACAAAUGUGUGUAUAUGUAGAGGUUAUAAGGCUCUCUAAGCCAUCUUGCUUCUGAUUUUUCAUUGCUCUUUAAUUCCUUUUAUUGAAAAUACUAUGUUAUGAAUGGUAUUAAAUUUUAGUCUCUGAAACUUCAAAAACCAAGCAAAGGGAUGUGACUAUUUUGAAUGAAUCAAAAUGUCAGCCUGUAUGUGUACUAUACUUUCUCUUUAUUUAAAAAGGAAUAAUGAAAAAUCAAGAACAGUUCUUCAGCUUUGGUUGAACUGUUCAGUUUUUCAAGACUUCUUUACUUAUAAUGAAUACAUUGAAUGAAUGUACAUUCUUCUCACUGACUUUGGUAAUUGUAAAACUUAGAGUGAUAUAUUUCUAUCUGUGAUACCUUUCCACUUGAAAAAUCUCAAAACACAAGAUUAAAAACCUAAUAGGCUAUAAUACUUUUUAUUUUGGGAGCAAGAAUAUGAUUCGGGGGAAAGAAAUGUAUAAGUCCUUCUGCAGUGUAACUUUAUCUUUUCUCGUAAGUUCACCUUCAGUUCUUCCUUUAUAUGGUAUAGGAUUUUGAGUCUUCUAUUUCUAGGCAUGUUCUUAUCUUCCAUUAUCUUUAAUAUUGAUAACUCUCCCAGACACCAAAGAACAUAUUUGCUUAAUUAAGUGUCUGAACAGAAACAAGAUGAAAACACUGGUAUUUUUAUGUGUGUAUUCAAUAUCAUAUAAAAUAUAAAACCUAUAUUUUAACUUAGUAAAAUAUUUUACUACUUCUGUACUUUAGACAGAGUGUUGCCUCCAAGGUACAAUGAAUGAACAUUUUUGUUGAGUCUUGAUCCAUCCUUUAUUCCUUAAAAAGCAACUUGGACCCUUUACUCCCCUAAAGAGUUUUUACCACUAGAAUUGUUGCUGAUCAUUCAUCUUAUGCCAUUCCUAUCCUUCCCCUCCCCCCACAUUUAGCUCCUUUCUGGGUUAAGCUGACAUUACCUAGCCUCAUUUUGAAAUCUAAUGCUGUCAUAAAAAUGGGAAGCACUUAUUAUUUAUUUUUUAAGUAACCACAAAAGUCCAUGUCAGUAAUGAAUAGGAAAAGUAUUUAUUCAUAUGGAAUUUACUAGGUUCUUCAGGAAAAAAGCAGUCAGCAUUUUAAAUUAUUAGGAUUUAGGAUAUGUAUAAGAUUUGAACAGAUUGUGCCCCACCCCCCCAUCUUACCUUCUCUGCAUCCUUUCUUCUUGAAAAGAAAACUCAAAUUUGUUCACAUUAGAAUUUCUCAGUAUAUAAGUCUGUUUUCAGAAUAAAUUAUGUAUUGUAUGAACUUUCUCCAUGAUGAAAUAGUCAAGGACUAGAAUCUGUAAUAUUUUAAUGUAAGAUUACUUGUUAAGACUACUACAAGUGGACAUGAACUACCUUUCUAUAAAGAUUUUUAGUAUUUAUACUUAUGUAUGAAAUUUACUUUUACAGAGUGUGGUUAUAACUCAGAACAUCUGCUUUCAAUAGGGUUUAUUUUUCUAUCUUGAAUUUGCCUUACGUGUAUUCAAAGGCUCUGGAAAUCAUUAGGAAAAGUACAAAUAUGCUAUUUCAUGUAUCUUAAAAUCAGACCUUUAAUACAUACUUAAUUUCUUUUCCUUUUUAAAAAAUUCAUUCCCUUAUCUAGGUCCAUGGAAUUCAUUUUAUAGCCAUGAAUUCUAAGGGAAAAAAAAAACAACCAAGCUUCUGGCCAAUCACUCUUCCUUUCUCAUGACUCCAGGUCCUAUAGCAGUGCCUGUCACAGUGCCUUGCACAUAGUAGGCAUUCAGUAAAUGUUCUGUGCAUGAAUGAGUGAUGGAGUUUCAGUAUAACUGGUUUAUUACAAAGCGUUGACUCUACUUGAUCUUGGAGCUUGAAAAUGUAGAAUUACAGUGAAUGAAGUGUCCUAUGCACAUAUUUUGAUGGAAAUGAAAUACACAUUAGUAAGCUUGAUUUAUCCACAAGUAACUGGAGACACCCAUGUCUUGUCCCACCAGUAAAAUAAAGCUCCUUUUCUUCAUUCAUAGGAUACCUUUCUGAGUCGGGCAACAAUCAGAAGCUUGUGGGUUUCCAUCAGCAGCUCUCAACUCUGACUGUAUACUAGAAUCACUUGGGGCCCUUUUAAAAAAUUCCAUUACCUGAAUCCUGUUUCUGAUUUUAUUUGUCUGGGAUGAGACCCGUUCAUCAGUAUUUUUUAAAAGUCCUUCAGAUAAUUUUAUGUUGAAAAAGGAUUGAAAAUCACUGGUUAAAUAUGAAAACAAUUAAAUAUUGUGUCGUCUCCUCCUUUUUUCGUUUUUGUUUUUUUCUUUUGUGGCCACCUUUUGCACUAGACCAUCCCCAUUAUUGGUGGUAUUGGCCUAUGGUUCCAGAUGACAAAUUCAAGUCUUAUUUAUUUAAUGUAGGAAUAUUUUGUUUAAUAUUUAAAUAAUGUUUAAUAUAUUUCCUUAUAAACUAGUCUUAUACUUUAUGAUUUGUUUCCCAUGUAUCCAUCCUUUACUAACUUUUUCUUUCAACAGCAGCAUGACAACAGUCCAAAAGAAAUAACUGAUUCAUAAUGAGGAAAAUUUCAUAAUUUUUAAGUUAGAAGGAAAUAAGGUAUUAAUUUCUUAUCUGCCAUGCAGAAUUAGAGUUUGCUUAUGAAGGGAAAGAGGCAUACUUUUUAAUUGGUCUACACAGAAAAGUAAAAGUAAAUUAUUCAUUUAAAUAAGAUUCAUUAUCUAAUGAACAUUGAAGGAAAUAUUUUUCCUAAAUAAAAAAUAUUGUGACUCCUAAUAAAA